AUGGCAGACGACGAGAAGACCUCUUCCGUCCACGGUCCUACACCAGAGAACAGCAAUACGGAUAUUGACCAUAUCAAUGAGGAGAAACUUUCGCAACACGAGGUGCAAGAUAUAGAUGUCGAGAAAGGGCCUCUUGAGACACAGGAUGGCGAGAAUCAACAGAAAGAGAAGGCGCCGCGGGAUCCUAAUAUCGUCGAUUGGGAUGGCCCAGAUGACCCGGAGAAUCCGUUGAAUUGGACCACGAAGCGAAAAGCCUCUGCGACAAUCUCCAUCUCCUUGAUCACAUUCCUCACACCCCUCGGUUCCUCAAUGUUUGCACCUGGUGUGCCCGAGUUGAUGAAAGCGUUCCAUCUCACCAACACCCAACUUUCUUCUUUUGUUGUAUCGGUUUACCUGCUCGGCUAUGUUUUCGGUCCACUGAUCAUUGCGCCUCUGUCGGAAAUGUACGGACGCCGAAUUAUCUAUACUACUUGCAACCUGCUCUAUGUGAUUUUCACGAUCGCCUGUGCUCUCGCCCCGGAGAUUGGCAGCUUGAUUGUUUUCCGCUUUUUUGCGGGCUGCGCUGGCAGCUGUCCUUUGACUAUUGGAGCCGGUUCGAUCGCGGAUAUGUUUCCACAGGAGAGAAGAGGUGGUGCCAUGGCUUCUUGGGCUAUUGGUCCUCUGAUUGGACCUGUCGUUGGUCCGGUUGCUGGCGGAUAUCUCGCAGAAGCAAAGGGCUGGAGGUGGACUUUCUGGGUCCUUGCAAUGGCGAGCGGCGCCGUCUCUAUCAGCUCGUUCCUCUCCAUCCGCGAGUCCUACCCCCCGACGCUUCUCGACCGCAGGACGAAAAAGCUACAGAAGGAGACCGGAAACGCUAAUCUACGCUCUGCCCUCGACGACGGCCGCAGUCCGAAAGACCGCUUUUGGUUCUCUAUUGUGCGCCCUACAAAGAUGCUCUUCCUUUCCCCGAUUGUCUUCCUGCUCUCGCUCUAUGUCGCUGUGAUUUAUGGAUACCUGUAUCUGCUUUUCACUACCAUAACCGAGGUUUUUGAGAGAAAUUACCACUUCUCAGAGGGAUCAGUUGGACUCGCAUACCUCGGCAUUGGAAUCGGGUCUAUGAUCGGCCUUUUCAUCCUGGGCGUGACUUCCGACCGGCUGCUGAAUUACAUGACGGCCAGGAAUGGCGGCAUCUCGAAACCGGAGUAUCGACUCCCUCCCAUGAUCCCCGGCGCGUUGUUCAUUCCACUUGCGCUGUUUAUGUAUGGUUGGUCUGCUGAGAAACACGAUCCUUGGAUCGUGCCUAUUAUUGGAACUUCGUUCCUUGGUGUCGGCAUGUUGAUAGCAUUUAUGACUACUAGCACAUAUCUGGUCGACGCUUAUACCGUCUAUUCCGCUUCUGCCAUGGCUGCGAAUACCGUAUUCCGGUCUCUAAUAGGCGCGAUCCUUCCAAUGGCCGGUCCGUCAAUGUAUGCCGCGCUCGGUCUCGGUUGGGGCAACUCACUGCUCGGCUUUAUUGCGCUGGCACUUGCCCCGCUGCCCAUUGUAUUCUAUGUGUACGGUGAACGUAUACGAAACAGUAAGAUGUUCCGUGUUGAGUUUUAG